UUAGGUUGGAAAAGAGCUAUACGUUCCAGUCCAACCAUCAACUACUACUACAAGUCCACCACCGAACCGUGUCCCAGUCAUCACAUCCACAUGUCUCUUAAAACCAUCCAGGGAUGAGGAACCCAUUAAACCAAACCAGCCUCGAUACUGAGUUUAAACCUGUCUGUGAUUCUGUGUUUCUUGUUCAGGAGGACAAGGCAGAAGAAGUGAAGCCAGAGAUUACUGGUGGCAAAGAAGGCAAGAAAGAGAUAUACAGAGCUCAUUUUCCGCGGUCUGGCUUCUUCCGGUGCACCGAGACAGAGCUCAAGUUCCACGUGAGGAUGGCCACCACAGUUGAGUAUGAGUACUCCUCCUGGGAAAGUCACCUGCCUGCAGGGAUCCCCUCUGGAUGGAUGGAGUCCGGACCCGUGUUCGACAUCCGUGCUGAACCACAUGCUGUUGUGGCCAUUCACCUCCCCCAUUUCCUGUGUCUUGCAGAGGGGAAGUUAAGCACAUCUGAGAUGCGUGUCGGCCACGUCAUGGAUGGGAACCUGCUCCUGGAGAAGCCUGAUGCAGUGAAGCCAUUCCAUGCAGUGCUGAGAGACCCCAGCUUCUCACCCAUGGGGGUCAUCUUGCUUUCAGCCUCAUUCCCCUUCAUCCCUGUGCAUUCCCUCGUGCUGCUCUACCGCGUCAUCAGGGCUGCAGACAUCACCCUUCACCUCUACCUCAUCCCCAACAAUCACGGCCUGGAAAAGGUGAGCGUGGCUCUGACUCAUUCAGUUUUGUAGUUCCCAAGAUGGUCACGUUCCCACAGUCAAGAGAUGGGUUCCUCCAUGAAGAAACUGGGUUCAUGCAGCGCAA